AAGUAUUCUCCAUCGACGCCUUGACAGGGGCAUAAAUAAUCAAAAGUUUGGUUAGAGUUCCGGUUGUUGUUGUAGGUACAUAAAUAAAAAUAAAUGUUUCAAUUAUUUUGGAGUUAUUGCUGAAAAUAAUUGUUUUUAUUGAUAUUGAUACUAAUAAAAUUUUGUCAGAUUUAUCUUGGGGUAAUAAAUUGAAUAAAAACAGUCGAUCAUGGCUUUACGUACGUACGGUGACAAACCAAUAAGUUUUCAAGUUGAAGAAAAUGGAGAGUAUUAUUGUAUUGGGUCGGAAGUCGGUAAUUACUUGCGACUUUUUCGCGGGUCAUUAUAUAAACGUUACCCUGGAAUGUACCGAAGAUCUAUAACUAAUGAGGAGCGAAAAAAAUUAGUUGAGUUGGGAUUGAGUCAGCAUGUACUAGCAUCAAGCGUUUCUUUGUUGAGAGCAAGUGAAGUUGAAGACAUUAUUGAGGGUAACGAUGAGAAAUAUAAAGCUGUUUCGGUUCAUUCCACUGAGCUUCCAGCACCACGAGAAGGAAAAACUAAAAAAUCAAUGGCUUGGGUACCUAGUUUGCCAAAUAGUUCUCACUUGGACGCUGUACCUCAAGCAACUCCGAUCAAUCGCAAUAGAGUUCACAAUAAAAAAGUUAGAACUUUUCCACUGUGCUUUGAUGAUACCGACCCAUCAGUUAAUCUUGAGAAUGCUCUUCAGCAAGAAAUGCUUGUUCCUAUUCGUUUAGAUAUGGAAAUUGAAGGACAAAAACUUCGUGAUACAUUCACGUGGAAUAAAAAUGAAAGUUUAAUAACUCCAGAGCAAUUUGCAGAAGUUUUAUGCGAUGAUUUGGAUUUAAACCCUUUGACAUUUGUACCAGCAAUAGCACAAGCAAUUAGACAACAGAUUGAUGCAUUCCCUCAGGAAACUAUUUUAGAUGACCAGUGUGAUCAACGUGUUAUCAUUAAAUUAAACAUUCAUGUAGGUAAUACAUCGCUAGUUGAUCAAGUUGAGUGGGACAUGUCGGAAAAGGAAAAUAAUCCUGAAAAAUUUGCUAUGAAGCUUUGCGCUGAGUUAGGUCUCGGUGGUGAAUUUGUCACUGCUAUUGCUUACAGUGUACGAGGACAAUUAUCUUGGCAUCAAAGAACUUAUGCUUUCUCUGAAGCUCCAUUACCCACAGUUGAAGUUCCGUUUAGACCACCUUCUGAAGCAGAUCAAUGGGCACCAUUCUUAGAAACACUUACCGAUGCUGAAAUGGAAAAGAAAAUACGAGAUCAAGACAGAAAUACUCGGCGUAUGCGACGACUAGCCAAUACUACACCAGGAUGGUAAACAGUUCCAGAUAAUUUUCCCAUUUAUGUACCAUAAAUUUAAGAAUUCAUAAUCUGUAAUCUAAACAUUUAAUCAAUUGAUAAAAAAUUUGUUCAUUUCACAAUUGUACAAUUAUCGUGUGCAGAGCAAUUCAAAUAUUUCAUAUAUUGCUCUGAUUUUUUAUUAAAAUUUAUCAAUU